UCUACAGAGUUUUUAUUGACUAGAUUAUAUAUACAUUAAUGUGAAAAUUAUUCAACAAAAUCUACAAUAAAAUUAUUUUCUACAUUUCCUUUGUAUACAAGAUUUAAUUUUUGUCUUAAAUGUGUGUGUGUGUGUGUGUGUGACUGACUCAUAAACAACUUUAAAAUGUCUUAAAUGUGUGUGUGUGUGUAUGUGUGAUUAACUCAUAAACAAUUUGAGGGUGUCGUAAAUAUAUGCGAUUAACUCAUUCAUAAAGACACAGCGCUUUUAUGUUAAUGAUAAAUGUACUGCUAUAUAAAGUUGUCUUAUAACGGUUUGAAUCAGUAUUCGGCGACCUCUUUUAAAUAUGUUUAGCUGUGAUAAAUGUGAUAAAACUUUUUCUGUUAAAAGAAAUUUUGUAAGACAUCGAAUAAAACACGAUGGGAUUAGAUUUCCGUGUCAUUUAUGCAGUUCAACAUUAUCAGAUAAAAACUCACUCGUGCGUUCAAAAAGUGCAUCAUCUCACAAAAUACGGAAUUGAUUAUAAUAUAGCGAUCGGGAAUCAUCCGGAUUCGAGAACAUUACAGUCGUGUGGAAAUGAGGGUGUACCGUCGUGUACGGGCGGAAUGAAAAGAAAUUAUAAUAAUGAUGUUACGGUUAGUAGUGUACGGAUUAAACAGCGGCGAUUAGAUAAAAUUUCAUCAUCGACUUUUCAGUUAAUAGGCUCCUCGUUAAAUAAAAUCUUCUGGUUUUAUAAAAAAAAUGUGGAAAAAAUUGACGGUUAUAAAUCAUUUCUAUUUCAAAUAAAAAACGAAUUAAUAAAUAAAUUAUACGAGUGUUUGGAAAACGUUGGUCGGAUCAAAUUCAAUUUAAAAUUGGAAGCCACUUACAAUAUACCGAAUCAGUCUGACACGAACGAGAAUCGAUCUUUUAAAACUAGCGCCGUGGAAUUAUUUGCCAGUACUGAUAUCAGUACGAUUGUCGAUAACGCGUUUGAAAAAUUAAUUGAUGAAGAGAAGAAUUACGCGGGCAAGGGGAGCAAUUUUUCGUUUUUAUGUAUAGACGGGAUACUUCUAGGUGUUUAUAAAUAUUCUCCAUUGUCAGCAAACUCCUUUAUUGAAUUACCGAAAGAUAUUAAAAAUAAGUGCACUGUUAUAAAUCCGCAAAAUAUUGAUUCUUUUUGCUUUAAAUGGGCGAUAUUGGCUAAAAAAAUGAGAGGGAAAAAUAAUGCUAAUUGUUGA